AUGAGAUGUUGUAGGUUUAUAACGUUUGUUGCAGUGGCUUUGAUGAGUCUUCUGAUCACAUUAGCUUCCGUUGAGGCUGCUGGUGAGUGUGGUCGCAUGCCGAUUGGUCAAGCUGCGGCUAGCCUAAGCCCGUGUUUGCCUGCUACCAAGAACCCGAGGAGUAAGGUUCCACCGGUUUGCUGUGCCAAAGUCGGUGCUCUCAUUAGAACCAACCCUCGUUGUCUCUGUGCGGUCAUGCUCUCUCCUUUGGCUAAGAAUGCUGGAAUCAAUCCUGGAAUCGCAAUCGCUGUUCCCAAACGCUGUAACAUCCGCAACCGCCAAGCUGGGAAGCGAUGUGGACGUUACAUUGUUCCAUGA